UCUUCCCUUCAGCCAUUUUCUGAGUAAAAUUCCCAUGGCCAUUAAUAAAGCUUCUUUCCAUAGUGUCUAGGCUACUUAGUGCUCCACACUUAAGGUAACUUCCAUAGCUUAAUCCUUUCAUUUCUAGAGUAUUUUGUUCCAUCUUUCUUUACUGUAAUUGUGAGAUUACAGUAGCCUCUUUGUCCAUAUAUGCUUUAGCAUUCAUGAUUUCUAAGUCCCUUGUGGAGCUAGGCAUGUAUACCAUCAUUUGUGCAUAUCUAGUUUACUACUUUGCUCCUAGACACCAUUUUCUUUAUCAUUUUUAUUACCCGAUUUCUCUGAGAUUUUUUUGAGCAUAUCAAUAAGCAUUUGAUAUCCAUUUGAGUACGAUAACAUUGGCCCUUGAUACUGGAGUAUUUCUUUUUUUUUUGAAACUGUUAACUGUCACUAGAGGAUUUCUAUUGUGAAACUACUCUUGUUUUCUCUAGUUUAUGGCCAUAUACACCCACACAGUUCAAGCUGUCUAUGUCUAAAUUUUACUCACUGUUUUCAUCACUAAAAGUUCAUCUCUCUCUCUGUCUUAUUUUAAAGCUAAUCAAGCGCUUUUCAGGUAUGCAUAAGCUUCCCACUUCAUAAGUGACAUUCGCCCUUGGGUUUUAUAACCAUCCUUCCCUUCACCCAUGGGACAAAAUGAAGUCUCUAAAAGAUUUGCUUCUAUGACCUAGGCACGGACCCUUGGCUUCCCACAUUACUUUGCACUUAUUUGUUGUAACUUUGAGUCUAUUAAUCUUUCAUGUCAUCAAGAGUUGAUUAUGUAAAGUUUAGAGUUGGUUUAUGUUGAUGAGAAAAUUGUAUGUGCAGUUCAUAGAUAAGUCUAUGUGCUAAGUAGUGUCGUUUGCUUCCAUAUGAGCAAUGUGCUUGUUUUCAUGACUUGGGUACUCCAGAGAGUUGUUAUUCUCUCAUUUUAAGUGAUAUUCGUGUCUUUGUAAAAUCAAAAUUCUGGCUGUAACAAUGACUAAGAGUUGUGAAAGUUGUAUGUGAAAGUGUUACUUGAACUUACCCCCAAAAAAAAAGUGUUACUUGUAAAAUUUUUAAGUUGAGUGACAAGUACAAGUGCUGUAUAAAGAGUAAAUCCUCAAUACUGUGGUUUUAUGUAGCAAGAUCAAUCACUACUUGUGUAAAUUAUGUCUACGUUAUCCCAAGAAGUGUUACUUGGUAUUAGGGAUGAUAUAGAUCAAUGGAACUAUGGAAUCAUCUACGUCAGACUUAUUCUUAAGCUUCAGAGGCAAGGUGUAUGCAGCUUGAAAUGAACCACUAUCAUGGAGUACUUGAACAUGAUGAAGACCAUUACUGAUCAACUUGCGGUUGUUGGACAGCCUGUAUCUGAUAAAAAGAUAAGGACUUCGUCCUCUCGUUGGAAUAUGAGGCGAUAUUCGUUGCACCAAAUGCAUAGAUAAAGAAGGGAGGAUCUCAAGAAUCUCUUGAUGAUUUGAAUGUACACUUUCCCCGUUCUCGUGGUCAUGGGAGAGGAGGAAAUUUCAAAGGAGGAAGAGAUGCUGUCGGAAACUCUGGAGGAUGAUGCGGUAUAUUGCUUUCUCCCAUUGCAUCAUUCAAGUUUGCAUUAUCACAUGUCAAGUAUGAGGAAAAGGAGUGUGAAUAUUGGACCACAUCAAUAGCUGCUAAAGUGAAUCAAGUUUCCAACCUGCAUGAAGCUGUCUCUGCACCUCUUUCAACCUUGAAGAUCAAUAAGGAGUGCAUGGAUUGGGGAUCCACGUGUAGUGAAUUGUGUUUCUGGUGAUGUUGGUCAUCCUUGCAGGACUACUUUCAUAUGCUGAUGGUGGUACUGCAGCAGGGUAUGUUGCUCUUUACCUUGUUGGUUGGUCUCCAUUACUUUGGAGUAUUGGGUAUCAAUUGUUCUCUCCUGAACGCAAGGAAGUUCUAUCGUUGUCACAACCGUCAAUGCAAUCUUUCAUUCAGUUCAUAUGGUUUUGGAUUAGGCGUAUCUUGAAUCCUCCUAUCUAUGGGACUUUGAUUGGACUGGUUAUUGGGGCAACACCAAUCUCAUAUUUUUUCUAUCCUUCCAAGGGAAAGUUUCUGGAUAUUCACCAAUCAUCUGAAGGCUUUAGAGUUCUCCACGAAGGUCUGGUUUUGUUCUGCCAAUCUAUAAUGGAGGCAUCAUCAUUAUUGGGGUCGGCAACGGUCACUGUUCAGACAAUUAUACUGGCUUGUGCCAUUGGACCUCUUAUCUCAGACUUUGGCCUAAGAAAAGGUGAUCCAUAUGAAACUGAUAAACAGAGUGGUGAAUUUAAUAGAGAAAAGGGAUAUACUAUUGUUCUUGAUAAGCACAUAUUUUGGGCAAUUAUAUGCAUCCGCCUUAUUGGAAUGCCACUGGCCAUUCUAUUCCUAGUUAAGGGCCUGUUGCAUAUGGGCUUGCUACCAAUGAAUACAAUUUUAGUGUUCACAAUAUUGGUAUUGAGUGCCAUGCCAACGGCCCAAAACCUCGUUGUGAUGCUACAACUGAAUCCAAGCAAAGCACCUCUUGUUGAAACAUUUGCAAAUCUUCUGCUUUAUGAGUAUGGUCUAGCCCUAGCCUCCAUACCAAUAUGGACAACAGUAUUUACUGCAGUAUUUUCACGCCCAUGAAUGCUUGGUAUGUACAUGGAACUCAUGGGAACAUACUUGAGGUCUUAUUAAUAUCGAUAUAAAGGUCUGGUCAUAUAAUUCCAAUUAUGGAAGUUCAUUCUGACGUAAUAUUGUGGUGGUAGUGGCAGGAACUGGAAUGAGAGAGAGAGAGAUUUAGGAUCUUGUUCUGUAUGAGAGAGAGAGAGAGAGAGAGAGAGAGAGAGAG